GAGAGAGAGAGAGAAUGAACAGAUCUUGCAGAAUUUAUGAGCAUUUAUAUAUGUACACGUAUAUCUGUAAAGCUACUUGAAGACGAUUUGGCAACUUAGAUCUCUGAGGUAUACUGUUUCCAGCUUUUGCGAGUCCAAAGCGAUGUGUUGAUGCGAGUUGUUGCAGUCAAAUAAUAUAUUUAUCGAGGCAUACUUAUUGAACAAUGGCAGAUGGAAUAUCAAGCUUUUGGGGUCCUGUUACAUCCACCACUGAGGGCUGUGAAAGGAACUAUGUCUACUCUUCAUAUAUUGCGGAGUUUUUCAACACUAUAUCCAAUAUCCCCGGCAUUCUACUUGCACUCAUAGGUCUUGUGGUUGCCUUGAGUCAACGUUUUGAGAAAAGAUUCACUGUUCUACACAUUUCAAAUAUGAUUCUCGCUAUUGGGAGCAUGUCAUUCCAUGCCACACUGCAGAGAAUGCACCAGCAAGGUGAUGAAACACCAAUGGUCUGGGAAAUGCUCCUCUACAUCUACAUCUUGUACUCACCCGAUUGGCAUUAUAAGAGUACAAUGCCCACCUUUUUGUUCAUCUAUGCCGCAAUAUUUGCAGUAGUGCAUUCACUGUUCCAUCUUGGAAUCACGUUCAAGGUGCAUUACAUGAUACUUUGUCUUCUCUGCAUCCCUCGGAUGUACAAGUACUACAUUCACACGCAGGACAAAUCCGCAAAGUGGCUUGCCAGGUAUUAUUCAAUCACAUUAUUCCUAGGAGGUCUUUGUUGGAUUUGUGAUAGUCUGCUUUGCAAGGAGUUUUCUACAUCGUACUUCAAUCCACAAGGUCAUGCUUUAUGGCACAUCUUGAUGGGCUUUAGCUAUUACUAUGCAAACAUGUUCUUGAUGUUUUGCCGUGCUCAGCAACGGGGAUGGAAUCCAAAAGUCGUCCACUUAAUGGGGUUCUUCCCGUAUGUAAAGAUUGAAAAGCCCAAGGCUCAGUGAAAGAAGUUACUGGGUGAGAAAGUCGUAGUUUCUUAUUCAAUCUAGGUAGGUGCCACAUUUUUGGUAUUUGUGAAAUUAUAAGUUGUUGCAGUUUGGAUUUUCUCAUUUUGGUUGUUUUCUUGUCCCCAGCUUUGACCAGUGUAUUGUAUAUGAUAUGAGUAUUUGUUUAUGUUCGUCGGGAUAGGUGGUUAAAUCUUCAGCGAACUAGUUGUCGCCCUGAUGUACCAUAAUUUUGUGUACCUCCAAUGGUGAAUUUGUGAAUCUGAGUUUUGUUUGGUCA